AAAAGCCACCCCCACCAAAGAACGUGAAAGCCAAUGAGGUGAAAGAAUCAACAGUCCAUAUCUCAUGGGUUCCACCUGACUUCAUAGCCAUGUAUGCYAUAUCAGGCUAUAUAUUGCAGUAUAAGAUAUUUGGUGAUGACCACUGGAUGACGUAUGAUACCGUUAAAGGCGAUAACCAUAGGAUCGGGGGUCUGAAUCCAGGGACUGGGUACCAAAUUAGAACCAAGGCCCAAAACAAAUACGGUCAUAGUGAACCGAGCAGUAGCCUKGAGAUCACAACUCUGGAUGAAGGUUUGACUGGURCACAGAUAGCUCUUAUAAUUAUCAUACCGCUUGUCGUCAUCAUAAUAUGUGUUGUCACGUGGUACAUCUAUGGAAAAAGAAGAAAAUCAACAGCAUUUCAGAGAACACCGUCUGAUAACCACUUAUUGGACACUGGUGUAGUGCGAUAUUCCCGACCAAAAGACUUGAUUCAGAUCAAUGAGAAUCACCAGUGGAAGGAAAUCGAUCGCAAUGCGCUGGAACUUGGGCGUGUACUGGGUGAAGGCGAGUUUGGUAUGGUGAUAGAAGGAAAGCUUACACAAAAGGAUGGCACCGUCACAAGAUGUGCUGUCAAGAAACUAAAGCAAACAGCUACGGAAAGUGACAUGAAGGACCUGUUAAACGAGCUUGAUAUCAUGGAACAAGUAGGCAACCAUCCAAACAUCGURAACUUGAUCGGAGCUUGCGCUUUUGGUGGUCCUAUUUUAGUGGUAGUGGAGUUCUGUGCCAAUGGUAAUCUCCUUAGAUAUCUUCAGAAGCAAAGUACCAGAACGUAUGAAGACAUGACUGAGUACCAGAUCCACAUCUCACCCAGAGAACGACUCAAGAUCGCAGSUGAUGUGGCUAAUGGAAUGGCACAUCUCGCCAGACGAAGGUGCGUCCACAGAGAUCUGGCCGCGCGCAACGUUCUUCUGGACGAGARGUUUACAGCAAAAGUGUCCGACUUUGGUCUGUCACGUGACGUGUAUACAGACAACGUAUACGAGAAAACUACUGGGGGUAAGUUACCUGCUAAAUGGAUGGCGAUAGAAGCCUUGGAAGCUGGCAUGAACACAACACAGAGUGACAUAUGGUCCUUCGGUGUCUUACUAUGGGAAAUUGAGACUGGAGGGUGUAUACCAUACCCAGCGUUCUCAGCGAUGGAGAUGUUGGCAGCCUUAAAGCAGGGAUAUCGAUUAGAAAGACCUUCUUCUUGUUCCAUCUCACUGUAUAAUAUCAUGUUAAAAUGCUGGGAAGCAGAUCCAUCACUUCGUCCUUCCUUUGACGGUCUCUACCUUGACUUACACCAAUUACAAAACAACACAAGCAGCCCCAGCUACUAUGAAAACAUGAAUGACACUGAACAUUUAACAGAAACUUACGCGUGAUGGYGUUWCGAGGCAYUGUGUGACAUAAAUGAUCAUUGCGUGAAAUGACCGAUGAUUUGCGUGAAAUGAUUGCAUAUCGUUGCGGAUGACUUACGCGAUAUUAUGGAUGACUUGCUUUCAUUUGGGAACAGUAUUACGCGAUAUUUUACGUCAAGUCGAAGUACAAGAAGUUAAGUUCCUUUGUGUUUCACUAUUUUGUUAAGUACAGUCAAGCACGUAUAAAACCAUAAAGAAUAUUCUAGAACAUUUUCUKACGUUGCACACUAUUGCUAGCGUUCUCUCAGAUUUUGCCUGUUCGUAGAUGCAGAAUAUAACAUGAUAUAAAGAUAUUGAGGUGCAGUCAGUAUGGGGUGAUCCAGUCCUAGCUGAGCGUGAUAGUUUCUAACAAAAGAAAUGAGUCUCMUAAACCGCGUUUGUAUAUUGCCCAUGUAUGCACCCUAUUCAACUUAYUGUAGAAAAAUCCCAGACGCGAUGAUAUAAUUGCUCUUUCAACCAUUUCAAUACAACCUUAAUAUCAGGCGUCCAUCAAAAUCUAUUURUCCAGCUGAAUGYAGUUUUGAACUGAUUUCUAUAUUUGCUGAACCUCCCAGAGAGAUCGCGGUUUUACCUUUCUCCAAAAAAUUGCUAAUUGGAUUUUAAUUACGUGAUCAUAAUUGGAUUUUUAAACCAUUAAAAUUCUCAUUUUAAAAGUCGUUUGGGUUUCAAUGCCGCGAGGUCUGAACUCAGACCAUAACUGCUGUUAUUUCAGAAUAAUUUCAUGAUGGUUCUUGGACAACACCGCCUCAUCGUAGGACCAUAAACUACGCAAUUCUCGUCUACCUUUUCAUUUGGACUCUAUCGUUCACUACGAUAUUUCACUUCAGUUUGAACGAUCUGCAUUUGGUUGUGUUUAGCUUUGUGUAAUUCUUGUAUUGCUGUAGACUUGCGGUUUGUGCAUUCCUCUUCGUUACCUUGAUUCUUCUUUUUCCUUUUUUUUUAUUUCUUCUUCGUUUGACUAAAUCUUGCUCAUUCUGUCUAUUCUUCAAUUUCCUCAGUUUAUACUCCUAUAACUCAAUUUAUAUUUCAAAUUAAUCCAUCCUUUUCUAAUUUGGAACAGAUUAUUUUCUCUGAAAUAUUUUACAUUUAUCGUAUUAAUGAUUUAUUCUUAAAUCUUGCUUUGAUUGGAUGAAAUAGUGUUCUUGUUUUGAUUUGAAGCUUCCACCUGAUAUCUUCUAUCUCUGAAACGAGAGCAUUUUUCGACAUCAAUGUAAAUAUUCAACAGAUUAUUUGAGUAAAUAUUCCAUGUAAAAUUGUGUCAGUUAUAAAUCUUCCUUUUUCUAAAUAGAAAACUCAGAAAAUAUCUUUAGGGAACAUAUCUUAUGUAUCUGUGAUUAAUGCAAUGAAAGUUAUAAACAGUGUUUGUCUUGAGUUAUAUAACUAAUAACAAUUUUUUUACGAAAACCUUUGUUUAUUAGUACUAUUUUGUACUGUUUUUUAAUAGUAAGAACCACUAUUAACGGUAUAUCAGUAUCGAAAUAAAAAUCAAAUGAAAAA